GGUUGUUUUUUUGAGGAUAUCACAUCAAGACACUGCAAACAUGGUUGAGAAGUUUGUUGGGACGUGGAAGAUGAUUUCCAGCGAGAACUUUGACGACUACAUGAAAGCAAUUGGUGUGGGAUUUGCGACCCGGCAGGUGGGGAAUCGGACCAAACCCAAUUUGGUAGUGACCGUGGACGAGCAAGGGAUUGUAUGCAUGAAGUCUCAGAGCACCUUCAAAACUACCGAAAUUAAGUUCAAGCUCAACGAGCCGUUUGAAGAGACGACCGCCGACGACAGAAAGACAAGGACCGUGGUGACUCUGGAGAACGGCAAACUUGUGCAGAAACAAAGCUGGGACGGCAAAGAAACUAAUAUCGAGAGGGAGAUCGCAGAUGGGAAAUUGAUAGCGAAAUGCAUAAUGGGAGACGUGGUCGCGGUGAGGAUGUAUGUAAAGGAGGCAUGAGGGAGUCCCUUCAGCCCUCUCUCGUCGGAUGCAUUGCUGGAUGACAGGCUCAGUUCAAUGAGCGUAAUACCAAACUAAAGUAAUGGCGUGUUCUGCUCCUCCUAUUCUUUAUCUUCGCUGUGUUGCCAAAAAUAAAUUUCUGUGCCUCCGUUCUCCAACAUGACACAUUUGGUUUCAUUUGGAAUUGUUGUGGUGAUUUGAAUAAAAAUGAAAUUUGUCAAA